GAUCACUCAACGGUAAACGGCGCACGUGCCCGUGUUUUGAAAUUGUUUUGUUUGUUACAUUUAUUGAAUGAGCGCUAUUUAUGACAAACGAACAAAUUGAUUGACAUAAUGAGCACACAAAAGCUAGAAUACGAUGCCAAUCUGGGUGGGCGCAUAACGCUGCCAACCCAUGUGUCCACCUAUCACUAUGCUGCUGGUGCACUCCAGGAAAUCAAGUCACUAAUUGCGGAUGCCCAGUUGCCGGCCAGCAGCAAGCUCAUCUUUCAAACGCUGCCCAAGCACAUGCGCCGACGUGCCAUGUCGCAUCAUCCCAAGCGGCUGCCUCGCAAACAUCGCGCCGCCCACAAAUCCCAGAUGGGUAAGGCCGGCAAUCAGCCGGUGAACAGCAAGCGACCAUCGCGUAAAUAUCGUCGCCGCCCAAAGAAUCUGAUGCGCGAGUAUGUGCGCCGUCAGCGCAAGCACAUCUGGCUAGAGACGCACAUAUGGCAUGCGAAGCGCUUCUUUAUGAUCGACCGCUGGGGCUAUCGGCUGCCCUAUGCCAGUUGCGAUAAGACCUACCGGGCCUGCUAUCGUGCCAGUGCCGAGCACUGUCUGCUGCAGGACAUAUCCUACUACAGCUGCGUGCAGCUGAACGGCAGCCUCGAACUGCUGUGUCCUGGGCUGGCCCGUCUCACCAGUCCGCACUGUGGUCUCACUAUGACGGCCAAGGCAUUUCUGAGCGGACGUCGCGAGGGCAGUGUCCAGCUCUUUGCCGACGGCCAGUAUCCGUUGGGUGCUCUGCAAACUGCUAGUUUCAUGUGGCGCCCCCAAGUAGCGCAAGACGAGCCUGAUGAUGUCUGCACGCUAUGGUUGUGGUUGCAUCCAGCAGCUGCUGAGGCAACCAUUUUACAGCUAAUCAAUGUGUUCCAACUGAAAUCGACUAAACAGCAAAAACAUGUUCUGCCACCAGAAGCAGAAGUAGCCAACGCUAAGGAUCUGCGCUUCUGGACGCACACCGUAGCGUUUGAGCGUCACAGAAGCUACGUCAAUGUGGAUGACAAUGUGAAGCUGUUGGUGCUUAAGCAGGAAUUCAAUCGCUUUCGUCUGACCGGACCGCGUGCCCAGCGCAUACUGUCCGCCAGUCUGCGUGCCCAGCGGCCACACGACUAUCUCGAAGCGGCGCUGCAGUUGAGCUCGCCCAGUGAACUGCUAUCGAAUCUAAUUGUUGGCGUCAAUGUGGUCGAUCCGCGCCUGCAACGACCCAGACAGCGCACCAAGGCAGCAGAGCCAACCGACCGCACAGCCUCAGCCCGUGAAGCCAAUGAGUUGCUCGUGUCGCGGCCAGACAGCCUGCCGUAUAGUGAUUUAUGGGAGCCGGAGGUGCGCGAGCGUCUCGGUCAGCAGAUGCUAACGACACACCAAUACAAUCAGUUGCGCCAGCAGCACGCUGUUGUGCCUGGCGAGCCGUGCGCCUUUGAAGAGCAGCUGCAGCCAGUGCCGCUGUUGCUUAUCCAGCGCCCAGGAUCACAGCAGCCACACUACAAACGUCUGGGCUACGGCUCUGGCUGGGAUGUGAUAGCGCCCGCUCGCUACGGCAUGUCACUCUGGCUGACGCUCAUCAUGUGGGGCGCCCGGCCAGGUGGACUACGCGAAUUCGACACGGUUGCCAGGGAGAUGGGUGUCGAACACCAUUUACCGGACACAGUAGCGGGACGGGAUCAGGCGUCGCGGGCUGCCGCGGAGCGUCGCACACGCUACUUUCGUCUGCCGCCGAACAAGCGCUGCAACUAUCGGAAGCUGGCGGUGGUCAGUCCGUUUCUGGCGCCCUGGCAGCAGCUGGUGCGCGAUUGGUCGCCUGCGACUCCAGCUGGCUUUUAUGUGCUGCGUGAUCGUGCAGUAUUACAGCGCCUGGAUGAGUGUGUGCGACGUCGACAGGCGCUGCCGGAGCCACUGCCCGGUCACUGUCUCAUCCAGAUUCAGUUGCGUCUGCAGUCGCGCGGUCAGCUGGGGGACAACGCAUUGAUUUGCCUGCCAACGCGCAGCGACUGGAAGCGUCGCUGGCAGCAGCUGAAGCGCGACGACCACGCGCCCGUGCACAGCGAGCCACCGCAGCCGGAUCUGAAUGAGCGACUGCGCAAGGAGCUGCGCAACAGCCACAAAUGCCUGCUGAAGCGUUUGAGGGGUCGGCGAGUGCGCGAAAAGCGACGACUGCAGGAAACGAGCACCCGCCGUGUGAAAAUACGACCCGCGAAUACGGCGCAAAUGGUGCGCGAUCAGUUGACCAAAAUGUGCCGCCUUUGGCUGCCCACGGAUCCGGUCGAGACGUGCGACAGCGUGCGCCGCCAAUGCAGUCGCGAGGUCUUUGGAUAUGUGAGCAGUGCCGGUUUCAGUUUCGUUGAGGCAACCGUUUGUGCUGUCGGCUACAUAACGCCUGGUGGACUGCGUCAUUUGCUAGAAGCCGGAACGCAAAACGCGUCUGACUCCAAAGGACAGCCACCGCUCUGCCUGGUGCGCGAUGUAGACAGUCGUGCCUAUCGAUUCGCACGCUUCCAAAUCAAUGCCAACGUGACAGCUGGAGUUUAGCUGGAUAAAAUUAAAUCCAUUAAUAUAUAUACCUAUUUAUGUACAUAAG